AUGGCGACUCCGACCACAAGUUUCCGUUCUUCCAGACCCAACUGCAGACACUCCAGCCACCCUCCCCCCAACCAACUGUCAAGCAGCCACUUCGGUCGAUCCCAAGGGCCCCCUCCUGACUCUGUCAUCCGCCUCUCGCCCGACCGGAAGGCGGAGAUGCUGCAGAGGACGCAGAAACUGGAGCGAGACGUGCUCGACUCCAUCGACCACGAGAGCUGGAAGCUGCGCAUGAACCAGAAGGGCAUCUCCUACUACGUGGACGACAGCGUCGGCAGGGGCCUCACUCGCUUCUGCUGUGUCGGAAGUACCGACGCCCCCGUGGCCGACAUCAUGGAGCUGUUUCUCGUCUCCAGCACCGAGUCGCUGCUCAAGAACGUGCGUAUCAUGUACCGCAACGUCAAGGAGGCCAAGAUCCUGUCGGUCGUGAAGCGCUCCACCCCCUUCACCCCUUUCCAUUCCGCCUACAUCCGCUACACGAGCUUCGACACGCCCAUGCUCAUGAGCGACCGCGACUUCUGCCUCUGUGUCUGCACCAACCUCAUCGAGCACGAGGACGGCUCCACUGUCGGCUACUGCCUCUGGGAGUCGGUGGACCUGCCGGAGUGUCCCGACCGGUCGGCCACCGACAAGAUCAUCCGCAGUAGGAUGUGGCGGUCCGGGUACGUCAUGAAGAACUCGGGCAAACCGAACGCGUUGACGAAGGUGCGGUACAUCAUCGGCGUAGAGAUCGGGGGCUUCGUCCCCAAACUAACGGGGUGGAUCUACAUGUCGGCCUUCGGGGCCAACUGCCGGCGGGUGUGUGAGCACUACAGGAAGCGGUGGCUGGACCCGGAGACGUUCAAAAGGCGAGAAGAUUGGGAGAGGAAGGCAGAUGCGAAGGAGUGUCCGAUAUGCCGUCGGAAGUUUGGGCCCUUCGUCAAGAGAUACAACUGCGUCAAGUGUGGGCUAGUUGUCGGUGGACACUGCUCCAGGAUGGAGGACGUGAGUGUGCGGGGGGUAGGGAUCACGAGUGUCCGAAUUUGCUACGCGUGCUUGAAGGCGGCGGGCAUGCUGACGACGAAUCCGGGUGCUGUCCGUCUCGAGGCACGACAGCCUGUCGUGCCUCGAGACUACUUCGACAGUGUCAAGAGCGAGGGGAAGGAUAUUCGAGAGCCGUUCUCGGCGUCGAGCGGGAGCUCCACCUUCUGCAUGAGUGCGUAAGGGACAAGUAAGCUUAGUGUUAUUUUCUUUACUACUACUGUAACGACUCGAUGGCACGAUGAUUUGGUUUGGUUU